AUGCUCGCACUUCAAGCCGUUGUUAUAGCUCCAGCUCGUCUGGACGUGAGGGGGCUGGCGGGUCCCAGCGGGUUCGGGGGUAUGCAGCUGCAGCCAGCCAAGAACAAUGUCAUCAUCCGCUUCCCCAACCGCUCCCUGCCUCUUCCCCUCCAUGCUGCGCUGUCCAAACCCGGCAUGGAGGCAUGUGUGCCAGCACCAGAGCGCUACAUGGUGGCGUUUCACUACGGCUCCGUCGUAUUCAAAUUUGACCGCACAGAGGAGGCGCUCGCCCUCGAUAUUGUCACCCAGCACUGCACUGGGGCGUUCAAGGAGGCGCACAGCGACGAGUACAGUGUGAUCGCGCGUGCCGGUCUGAAAGGGUGGAGCGAGGGGGGCCAUGACUACGUGGCGGUGAGGCAGCUGGACGUGAACAACAUCCGAGUCAUCUCCAGCAUCCUCGGACAGAGCGUCGCCCUUGACCACUAUGCUCGCAAGGUGGACGAGAUGGUGAACACGUUCAGUGAGCUGAACAGAGGCAUGGAGCAGAGCGGCACAUUCACCAUGACUCGCAAGAAGCUCUUCCAGCUCGUUGCUGCCGCCAACACCACCCUGGCUGACGUCAUCCUCAGAAUAGGGCUGCUGGAGAGGUCGGACACGGCGUGGCGGCAUGCGGAGUAUUCCAAGAUCUGGGAGUUCCUGCGGGACGACUUUGAGCUGGACGAGCGCUUUGAGAGCCUCGACUUCAAACUCAACAUCAUCCAGGUGACGACCUUCACACCGUCUCUCUCUCACGCUGGUGUCUUCAGUUUCUUCUUGUCUUCUGAGUUUGUUGCUGCUGCAGUCAUUCCUUGCUUCGUGCGAUGA